CUCCUGUUAAAUUAAACUUUUGGUGGGGCAGGCAUUUCGUUACAUUGAUUUUGACGAGCAGUCACAAAACAUACAAGUGAAUGGUAACACGCAAUGAGCAUUGUGUUAAACGGAAAUAGGUAUUAGGAAAUAUGUUGAUUAAUGAAUGAAAAUUAUGAUUUUGUUGCGUGAAAACUGUUGACAAACAAUGUGGUUUAAUUAAACAGUGCUUUAAAAUCUAAAUACUUUUUAGCACCUUUUUCACCUUGCUAUGUUCUUACUUGUGUGAACGUUUAGAUUAUGGUGUUUAGGGUCCUCGUUUAAAAUAAGGCUCUGUUUGAGUGCUGAAAUAUAAAAUGGAUUACCUAAGCGGCUGGUGUAAGAGCGAAAGACGGCUGGAUGGUUGUGCUGCGGUCGUAACUGGCAGCAACACCGGCAUCGGCAAGGAAACUGCGAUAGAUCUGUACAAAAGAGGAGCACGCAUAAUUUUAGCGUGCCGAAACACAGACAAGGCUAACGCGACAAAAGAGCAAAUUGAACAAGAAACCAAAUCUGUAUCUGGUGUAGGAGAGCUGGUUGUAGAGAAACUGGAUCUCUGCAGCCUGAAAAGUGUGAGGGAGUUCGUAGAGCGUGUGACGUCACGUCAGGAACCUGUCAGCAUACUGGUGUGCAAUGCGGGCGUCAUGAUGUGUCCCCAGGGCAAGACUGAAGAUGGCUUCGAAACACACAUUGGCUCCAACCACUUGGGACACGCGCUACUCAGCCUAUUGCUGCUGCCAACUUUGAUUAAGAAUGCCCCUUCGAGAAUAGUAUUUGUUUCAUCAUAUUUACACGAAAAAUUCGACCUAGACUUGGAUGACCUAAAUUUUGAACAGAAGCCAUACAACGCGUACGAAGCAUACUGCAGAAGUAAAGCUGCUAAUGUAUUGUUCGCUACAGCUCUUGCCGAUAAGUUGAAGGAGCAUGGCAUAGAAAAGGUGAGAACAUACAGCCUGCAUCCAGGCGUCAUCCGUACAGAGAUUAGUCGUCACUUCGACGAGACUGUGUUCUAUGGCGUAUCGUGGAUCUUCAACGCUAUGGGCUGGUUUAUGAAGUCGCCGCGGUGUGGCGCUCAGACCACCGUGUUCUGCGCCGUCGAUGAGCAAUGUGCGGAACAAACUGGACUUUAUUAUAGUGAAUGCGCAGUGAAGACGCCAUCUAAACAAUGUCAAGAUAGCGCUCAGGCUGCCAAACUCUGGGAUCUCACAAUCAAAGCAUUGCAACUAGACCUUACAACAUACGACCCGUUUUAUAAAGAUAAUGUAGAAGCACCCCGGUAGAUUUAUAAAAAAGUAAUUUGUACAAUAAAUUUAAAAAUAAAUCUAAGAAGUUUAAUCAUACGAAUUAAUAUCUACUACAUAUAUGUAGCCAUCUGUAAAGACUAGGUACUCAAUAGUUAGAGAAAACUAUCAACAUUAUAUGUGCAAAUAAUUUAUUACAAUAAAAAGAACUAUAAAGGUU